UAAUGAAAUUGUUACUAAAUUAAAUCAAUUUUAAUAAUUAAUGUAGCUGUUUCAAAAAUCAUGAGGAUCUUUCUUCAUCUUAAUGUUUAUAAGGUGGUUGGAAUAACAAGUUGGCAAUGCCCAUGUAGAACCUUUUUAUGACUUUAUUGUAGAUUUCAAAAUGCAGUUGACAGGCAAAACGUCAUUCAUACUAAUGUGUAGUGAAAGUUUGAUGACUUUGAAUUUCUGUUAGCAGAACUAAAAUGAUCAUACUUAAGAUUGAUUUUAGAAGCUCUCCCAAUGGCCUAGUUGGUAAAAGCAGCCAUAGAGACCAGAAGAUUACAGUUUCAAUUCUUGGUCUCUGCUGAUUUCUGCUGGCGGCAGGAGUUCUAAAUUUGGUUAACAGUACACUUGAAUGAAGAGCGCAAUUCAGUCAAGGUUCCCACUUACAGUGCUAUCCAGUGAUCUCUGCUGAAAAAUGCCUGUGUGUGAAAGCUAGCUGAGGAUACCAUUGGGCUCAGCCAGUAGUGGUUGAAUGACCUGCUGACACUCUGUCUAAUCUCACAUUUAAAGAAUGGGCAAUUGAGGCAAGGUACGAGUCGACUGCUGGUGCUUAUGGAACCCAGUAGGAGUUGAUGUAUCAGGGGAUAUGGGAAGGCAAUUGGCAAAAAAAAGUUUAGUAAAAGCUCAAAAUGAGGUUAAUUUAAAUAAUGGGUCUCGCACCAGUGAGAAUUUUGGUACAAAUGUUGCUUCCUCAUCAUCUGGAGAGGAUUGCUGAGAUGUUUUUCAGCAUUUUAUAGGUAUGCAGAGUUCUUGCUGCACUUGCCUGAUGACCAGACCUUUUUGUUCUCGCAUCAAUCAGUGUGCACCCAAGAGUCCUCUGCCACCUUUUAUGCUCCAUUUAACUCUUAAAUGAUGCUCUUUCCUCCUGCUCAGGAAGAUCCAAGAAGCCGGGACUAUCCCGGUCUAUGCUGCUCUUUGAAACCAUUCCAUUGCAUGUUAUAAAUUGCGACUAUUUCAUUUUGUCGUUGUCCAGCACAGGAGUUAGUUGUUGAUUAAACCACAACUCUUAAGGGUAAGGCUCAAAUGCUUGUGUUAAUAUGAGUUUGUCUCGUAUAUCAACUUUCCUUCUCCAAAAUGAUGGUCAGCCUAACCCUCAAAAAGGUUAUCCCUCUUGCUCUAUGGGGUCUGCAUCUGUAACACACGCACAUUAUCCAUCACCUUGACAUUUCUGGCAUAAUUAGUUAUUGCUAGAAUGGAUUUUCAAAUUGGCUUCUACUACUGUUCUUGCCUAUGUUACACACCUAUAGAUCUCUGCUCCUGAAGACUGGUUUUCAUUUAUCAUUGCCUAUGGGAAUAGCACUGUGGACCAGAUAGAUUGCCAUUUUGUACUUUUCAACAAUCUAAUCACUAUCUGUUCUGUAACCUAGAAGCUUCAUCCACUCUUUCCCGUCAAAUCAAGGGUUUUCCCCACUAUAUGUUCCUCCUUUAUAUCCAUGAUCUCCACUUAUCAUUUCACUAAUUCAGCUCUAUCCACUUGCUAAUUAUGCCAUUCUACAUUCAACUUCCUUCAGAUUUAGUGUACUUGGUGCACAUGACGUUCAUUUUUCUGAAUAAAUAAACGAUCUCCUCGACUGUCUAAUGGGGACAAUAAAAAUUGUAUAUAUUUGUAUCUCUUGCGAGCUUCAACAAGCAACUACCACCUCUUGUCUCUUAUUUCACCAUCUAUUGAUCUUAUUGAUCUCACCAUUUUCUCUGAUCUGAAAUGGAACUUGGAUAUCUGAAUUGCUAAAGCUGCCUUCAAAAGGCACACUUCCUCAUUAUGCCAACACUUUUCUCCUCGUAGCCCUGUAGAAAGUCCUAUUUAUUCUGUUCUUCUGGCACUUUGACACUUGUAGAUUAGAACCAAGAAAGUUUACCUAAUAUUUAAUUCUACUAUCAUUUCCAAUCUCCCUCUCUCUCAUAGCAUUUGUCUUUCUGUAUAUUAUCAAUGCUACUGUGGUCACUCUUUUCCGUACUUUCCAUGCUCUAACUGCAUCUUGAACCAUUCUCCUCUUCCUUCCUGCAAUUUCACUUUGUUUUUUUUUUUAAAAAAUCAUGCCCUAUUCUUAACGCAUUCUUUCCCAGGACUUCAAGACUGUGGCAGCCCUUACUCCCUACAGUCGUACUUUCAUCCUGCGAUCUACAAGCUUUUAAAAUCAAUGCUUGUUACUAUCAGUGCUACUUGAUAUUUCUGUUUUCAACCUUGCUGUGGCUUGGUCCAAAAACUACCACUUGGAUUUUCUUAUAGACGAAAGAAAGCACGCAGUGGUAAGGGAGCACGCAGAAAAAUGUAACACACUAAGGCAGUCUUAAGUUUAUUUUUUAAAUUGUCCAGAGGAAGGAGAAUUCAAACAAGUAAUUAAUUAUUUCAUAUUAUGGUGAAUGUUGUGCUCAAAUGAAGGUUAUCACUACUACGGAAAUUCUGCUUUAACCCAUUGAGAAUUUCCAGAGUGGUUCUAGCACAGGUUAACCAUGAAGAUUGAAGCUCAUUUUACCAUACCCAACACUGUAUCCCAACCUCAGAACAGCAUCUGGAAAUUUUAGUCAUUUCUUACACUAGUUAUCUUUCCAAGAUUGCCAAUUAGGUCCAGAUUAUGUGCAGUUUUGUCCUAUGGACCUGCACCCAUGGUUUUAGACAGUCCAAUCUAGGAUCCAUUCGUGCAAUAGAGUGAAAACUCAUCCCAUCAGUCAAGACUGGAUAUGAACCCAGACUCCAAAAACAGUCUGUUGCCUCAAAGGGGAAAAUUACUGAUGGGAGAGGGGAAAGAAGUGUGCAGAUUGAAAAUACUCUGCUCAGUGCCAAACCACUGCGUAAGUCAGUGCACCGGCUCGCUUCUGGCUGGGAAAACCGACGGGACACCAGCAGACUUCCCACAACUCUGCACAUUUGGAAUUUCUCCUCGCAGCUAUUGGUGUAUAAGGCAUCCGAUCCUGACACUGCGCCAGAAUGCAAGGUGUAGCUAGUGGGAUAGACAACUAGCAAACUAGAGGGAAAAUGAAGUGAAUUGGAGACUUUCAAAAAACACCUGAUGUAAAGAAAGUACCCAAAGAGGAGAAAAAAGUAUGGCUGGUUGCUCUUGGAGCCAAAGGAGGGGUACACAAGAACUACAGCUACUGCAUCCUGCACUAGAGAAGGGAUCCACCUUUAUGCAUUUGAAUCCUUUGACUGAAGUUGGAAGAGUUAAGUUUAGGGGCAACUUUCAUUUAGUGCAAAGGUCAUCAGGGGAGCAGUGGUCUGUCAGAGGAGUGCCCACCACGAGUGCAGCUAUUCAUCCCACAGAGGGCUUUUGCUGCGCUUCGUGUGCCGCCACCUCAGGGAGAUUCAGCACAGGCAGAUGUGUCACCAUUGGAGGAGGGACCAGUUAUCGGAACAAGCACAUGGCAAGGAUGUUGAUGCCAACAAUGCAUAUUGGCAUGGAAUGGAAAAAUCGCAACUCUGUCCUCAAAAUCAGUAUUGUUCAAUCAGGAGAUCAUUGCGGUGCAAGAGUCAUCCGAGACUUGAUCAGUGUUUCAUAUUGGUUGAGGAGAGACAUCAAAGGGGGAAAAGUGACGUUCCAACGUGAUGGUGAUGACCAACCUUUUUGAACUGCGACUGUAGUGACUAAUGUGAAAGAAGUCAGAACUGGUGAAGACGAAGAACAAGUAAUUCUCUUUUCGUUGAAGUCCCGUUCUUGUUUCAGCUUAUCCCUGUGAACUAUUUACCAACCGAGUCAUUGUGUCGUAGUUAAUAAGAUUAAAAAUUAAACAUCUGAUUUUCCUGGUGCCAAAUUCCUGGAGAGUGAUUGUUAACAACUUUGCAGUUGUCGGAAGCACAAGUGUAGAUUCCUAACGUGAAGAGUUUCAGAGACUUACAAACAUGGAUGAUGGUAGACCAUCAUGGGAGAAUCCCAUGCAGUUUGUGUUCGCCUGCAUUUCUUUUGCAGUGGGACUGGGGAACGUGUGGCGUUUCCCGUACCUGUGUCAGAUGCAUGGAGGAGGAGGAUUUUUAAUCCCAUAUGUGAUCAUGUUAGUUGUAGAAGGGCUACCUUUGUUCUAUCUGGAGCUGUCAUUAGGACAAUUGCUACGUAAAGGAAGCAUUGGAGCAUGGAAAACGAUCAACCCGUAUUUGGUUGGAGUUGGUGCUGCGAGUGUUGUUGUAUCAUUUUUGGUCUCAGUGUAUUACAAUGCUAUAGUGGCCUGGAGCUUCUGGUAUCUAUUUCAUUCAUUUGAGAAUCCUCUGCCCUGGGCUAGGUGCCCUUUAACUACCAACAGAACUGAGUAUGUUGAAGAAUGUGCCAAAAGUUCCCCCACUGAAUAUUUCUGGUACAGAGAAACUUUAAACAUCACUUCCUCAAUUAACGAACCUGGGACCUUCCAUUGGGGAAUGGUUCUUUGCCUCAUAUUAUCCUGGCUAGUGGUGUAUCUCUGUAUCAUUCGCGGAACUGAAUCUACUGGCAAGGUGGUGUAUGUAACUGCCUCUUUUCCAUACCUGGUGCUCCUUAUAUAUCUAAUUCGAGGAGUGACCCUCCCUGGAGCAGUGAAUGGACUCAAGUAUAUGUUCACACCAAAGAUUGAAGAGUUGAUUGACCCAAAAUCCUGGAUUGAUGCCGCCACACAGAUUUUUUUCUCACUUGGGUUGGGUUUUGGCAGUCUGAUUGCAUUUGCCAGUUUCAACCAGAAAAAUAACAAUUGUGAGAAACAAGCAGUUAUCAUUGCUUUCAUUAACAGUCUGACAUCUGUAUUUGCCAGCAUUGUCACCUUCUCUAUAUAUGGCUUCAAAGCUACACAUAAUUAUGAAAGCUGCCUUGACAGGAUGGUAUUGCUACUUAUGAACACUUUUGAUUUGAUGGAAGGAACAAUAACUCACACAAAUCUUAAAGAAUGGAUGAAUUUCCUGAAUUCAACAGAUCCAGACAAGUUUUCUACACUUAUUCCCCAUCUUGAAACGUGUGAUCUACAAUCUCAAUUAGACACGGCUGCUGAAGGCACUGGACUUUCAUUUAUAGUCUUCACUGAAGCAAUUGUGAACAUGCCUGGACCGUCCCAAAUCUGGUCCGUUUUGUACUUUUCAAUGCUGUUGAUGUUGGGAAUUGGUAGCAUGGUGGGAAAUACAGCGGGAGUUAUCACUCCUCUCAGUGACAUGAAGAUCAUUUCAAAACAUAUGCCAAAAGAGGUCAUGACGGGGAUUGUAUGCCUUCUAGCUUGUUUGAUUGGACUUGUUUUUAACAUUGGUUCGGGAAACUACUGGUUUUCUAUAUUCAACGAUUAUGCAGCCACUUUGACUCUGUUGCUGAUAGUCUUAGUUGAAGUUAUAGGCAUCUGCUACGUCCAUGGAAUCAGGAGAUUCCGGAAUGAUAUUGAAAUGAUGAUAGGACACAAGCCAAACUGGUACUGGGUGAUUACCUGGACUUUCGUAAGCCCAGUGUUAAUUGUGGGUCUACUGAUAUUUUACGUAGUGGAUUACAUUAUGUCUGGAACAUUAACAUACAGCACAUGGAAUUCAGUUGAGGGAAAAACAGAAAAAGAUGAGUACCCUGUCUACGCAUUGGUCGUAAUUGGAUUAAUGGUGGCCGGUUCCAUGGCUUGUAUUCCAUGUUUGGCAUUAGCCGUGUACAUGAAGAAGUCGUGGCGGGGGAAAAAAUAAUUAUUAAAUAAUUGGGGUGAUUUUAAAACCAUGCUUUAAAGAAGCAUUCCUUUUGUGGACUCUGGAAAAUAACCAAAAAUUAGAUAUUUUUAAGACUACACAUUUUCUGAUUUUAUUUUUAAAUUCACACUUUACUGAAGGGCCUGGAGUUCAAAAUAGGUGGCAUUGUGUAUUUUGUUUUUCAUUUUUUAAAUAUUUAGUUUACCUGUAUGGCUAAAUCAUUGGUAAUAUGUACUUUGGUUGGAGUUUCUGUCCAUGAAAGUUGACACAGAUCUACGUUUCACUGGCUACAAGACUCACAGGAUGGAAAAAUUCAGCCUCCGCUUUUCCUUUUGUACAGUGCCUCCCCAGGUUGAUCAAGAUUGAGAGCUUGCUGUGUGGGGUACCAAUGAUUUGCACUUAUUGCUUAAGAGGAGGAAUGCUGAAUUAAAUUGACUGUAAAUAGUGAUUUUUUUGAUAUCUGUAAUCAUAUUUAUGAAGGAAUUCUUUACAAUUCUUAGUAACCUUUACUUACCUGUACAAAGUCGAGCAGUUUUCAAAGUACUGCAUAUCCUCUAUGCUAUUGUUAGACUGAAAAUACAAAAUUAUAGAACUGGGGCACUUCUUACGUUGGAGUGAGACUAAAAAUACAAAUUCUAUUAUUGUAUCAACUGGCUUUGUAGUCUUGAGUAUGAGUGGUCCUGUAAUUUUUCAAACAUAUCAUUACUGAACAGAUGCAAUCAUAUUUCUCUUACGUAGAAAGAGUAGUAGUUUAUCAGUUUUGUGGGUGACAUCACAAAAAUAUUGUUGCUAUGGAAACAAAUCUGGUACUUUCAUAAAUGAGGCUUACAAACAGCCAUAACAUGCCUUUGGAAAAGGUAGUGGUACAUUUCAGUUCUGGUGAGAAAUUACAAUACAUAUUUGAAAUUAAUGUGCACACAAGUUAUUCACUCCCAUUGUCACGUUGGGAUGAUUCAGUUGGAUGGAAACAAUUUAAGACAAGUGAUCGUAAAUGGGAUGAGAAGAAAGAAUAGAAAUACAGCUUCAAAGUUGGUGCAGUGGGAGCUUGAAUUUGUUCAAAAUGUAUUCUGCUCAAUGUAGAAUGGGAGAGAAAAGACAGGCUUCACUGAUUACCAGUUAUCAAACAGCAAUGUAUUAGGAUUUUUGGAGUGAGCAGCCAGAGUGAGAUCAAGAUUUGAAUUAUUUGUGCUGAUUGAUUGAUGCACAUUCCCACAAAAAUUGCAUUUAGUAAUUUGGUGGUACUGUCUACAGCCAUUCAACUCGCACUGAAGUACUGCUGUAGGCAUGUUUGAAAAGGAAAUGCUUGGAAUCCUGCAAUUGUGAUUACGUGCACAACAAUAUAAACUGUUUAUUCAAUUACACCUCUUGAAUACAGUCUGGCUGAAUGGUAUCCAUUCUUAAUGGAGAAUAGAUCAGCAUGAUUGAAGAUACCUUAAUGUUCUAAUGGUUUUGAGGGUUAUACUGGGUUUGUCAACCCAUGGGAUUUUAUUUUUUUUGGGGGGGGGCAUAAACAGCCUAUUUGAUAACUUUGUUCUACAUUUACCUUUAUAGUGUGGCUCAAUAGCAAUAAUGGAUUGGUAUACUGUAAUUGUGUGAAUAGUAUUAAAAGAUGUAUUCAAUAUAAAUCAUUAUAGGAUUAUGUUGGAAAGUCGAACACUGCUUAAUACAUGGCGAAGGUGACUUAACAGAUGCUUGAAAUUCAGUAUCUAAAGUGUAUAAUCUACAAUUCAUUUAGAAACUAGUUACUCAGUAAUACAAAUGGACAAACUGAGUGAAAAAUAAAUGUUCUGUCUUUUUCUCCUCCCCAAAAAUGUUUUUGCCAUAGAAAUAUUAGUCUAUCUGCUAUUUAUUUACAUGGGACUAACAAUUAGUAGUUGUUAUUAUACUAACUUUGAAUGCUGAAUAAUUAUUCCACAUUUAUCUCGGUUAUACUAUUUUGAGAGACUAGUCAGUGUAAAAUAUACAUUUCCACGGGAAGAAAAAUCACUACAUAAAUGUAAAAUGUGACUGCCUUUAAGAAAUCUUUCUAACUGAUCUGUGAUCUCAAGAGCAGGGUUCCCAAACAUUUUGAGAGAAUAAAAUGGAGUGGAUGCUUCUCUCAGGGUUAGAAAUUGAUGUGGGGGAGACGCAAUGGAUAGUUGAGACAAUCGGACUUUCAAUUUGGGAAAAUAUCCGUAGAAGUAAUCAAUAUCAUGGUGAAAAAAAGGUGUUUCAAAUUAUUGACACUUAAUUUUUGGGAAAAAAAACUCAUAGAAUUAUCGAGUGUUAGUGUGGAAAUGGGCCAUUUGGCACAUCAAAUCUGUACUGAUAAUUUGAAAUCUGAUGAGCAUUCUGUGCAAACAAUGCACAGGUACAUUUUAGACAAUGUAUGUAGAAGAGUUGAACUUCUACAUUGAAUUCAUUUUUACAUGUUGUAUACAUUCUUGCAAAUGUUAAUGUUUCCAUGUAAUAAAUGCCAAUAUUUCAAGCGCCAGCAGUAAAUGUGACACAGUAAUCACUGUAUGAUGUCCAGCCAACCAAUUUUAAUAAAAAGUUACCUUGCUUUAGAUGUA